GCACUAUAUAAAAAUAGAUUGCCGCUUAUGGCAAUUAUUAUUGUAAUUAUUAUUUUGUAAGGUUUUUAGUUUUAGGUUCAUUGUUACAGCUGGUUGCAUAAUUUAUUAAUGUACUGUAAUUACUUUGUCAUAAUUUCAACUACUCUACUACUUUCAUUAUUUUUCAAUGUAGGUAUUGUACGAUGCACCGGAAACUAUAACCUAUCAGUUGUUAAUUAAAAUACCACGUUAUUCUGAUAUACAACGUAAAUUAAGCUCGUUGUAGCCUUACAACCUUUUUCCCAUAACCGAGAUACCGAAUAGCGAAAGUGGUGAAUGUUUUAAAAUUCUCGAAUUUUGAAUUAUGAUUUUCUAAGAAAUGGUCCACAAACACUUAAGGUUAAGUGCUCGUAGGAAUGAUGCAUGGUCAAGGUCAAAAUCCAUAGCAAAACAUUUUAAUUUAUUCAACUAUCGACUGUAACACGUAGGUCGUAGAGCAUAACUUCAAUAUUAAUAAAAAUGUAAUAUGAAAGAGCUCCACACGCAGUUUCAUGCACUCGCUCCAUCUCACUCUCUCGUAUUCGUGCCAUAUGUCGCCUUAUCUCUUUACGUGGACUCGUGUCGUUUCGAGACUCGUUCGGGUGGACUCGCCGCGCCACGCCUCCGCGCCGCGCGGUACCUAUGCUCUAAUCAUGUCCGCAUGUCCGUCAUGUUCAACGCGUUCGUAGUUCCUGCAUAACAGUACACUUGGAAUGGAAAUGGAACUGUCUGAACAUGUUAAUUUUGACAACUCGGAUUGAAUGAUAUAGUUCCAUAUGAGGACAUAGUUCCAGGAACUAUUUAGGUCCGGAACUACGCAUGUCUAGUACAAACCUUAUUAACUCCAUGAAGUUGAGUGCAACUUAAUAUACAACCAUGCCUAGUCAGUAUGAGGAAGAACGUGUAUGGGAUGGUCAGAAUCAUAAUAAUCAAUAUGAAGAAGAAGGAAAUGAAGAUGUUAUUGAGAACCCUGAAGAGGUAUUAAAUGAAUGUCUGGAAAAAUUUAAAACUCCAGACUACAUUAUGGAACCUGGUAUUUUUGGUCAGCUUAAAAGAUACUUCCAAGCUGGUGGAAAUCCAGAGCAAGUUAUUGAACAACUGUCAAUGAAUUACAAUGCUGUAGCUCAGAUGGCCAACUUAUUAGCUGAAUGGCUUAUCCUUGGAGGAGUUAAAGUUAGUGAAGUCCAAGCUAUGGUUGAAAAUCAUUUAAAAGACAUGAUUCUAAAAACAUUUGAUCCCAAAAAAGCUGAUACAAUAUUCACUGAAGAGGGAGAGACACCAGCUUGGCUUACUGAGAUGAUUGAACAUCCUACUUGGAGAUCUUUAAUUUACAGACUAGCCGAAGAAUAUCCAGAUUGUCUAAUGUUAAAUUUUACUAUAAAGUUAAUUUCUGAUGCAGGUUUUCAAGGUGAGAUAACAAGCAUAUCAACAGCUGCACAACAAAUCGAAGUAUUCUCCAGAGUACUCAAAUCAGCUAUUGUGGGUUUCCUUCAAAGUUCAGAUGAUUGGCAAAACAGUGUUAAUGAAUGUGCUAAAAUGGUUUGUCAUGGCGCGCACACAUACGUUUACAGUCAAGUUAUUGUUCACAUUCUCUCACAAGAGCCAAGAGGUGGCGCUAUUAUGAAGAGGUUGAGCCAGGAAAUAACUCGUUGUGCUCAACAAGGUGGCCACGAUGUGACCCCAAUAACACUGGCCUUGACCUCUGGUGAGAGUUGGCGCAACGCUCGGACGGCACUUGCAGCCAUGCUAUCGAGGGGCGCCCUCAAUCCGGCUGAUAUCUCGGUGUUGUUCCGCGCUUACACGCAACCAGACUCGCCACCGGUUCAUUUACUUAGGAUACCACAGUUUUUGGAACUACUCGUUGAUUCAUUGUUCAAAUUGGGAAGCAAACUGAAUCCGGAACACAAAUCCAAAUAUAUGUAUCUUUUGGCAUACGCUGCUAGCGUUUGCGAAAGUCCGAGUCCCGGUAAACCUGUUAAAGACGAACUAAAGGCCACUGUGCAAGCUAUUGAAAAAGUACAUGCCGUGUGCAGCAGCUCUGCUAGCUCCAGCGAACUCAUCGCCGAAUUACCUACUCUAUACCAUUGUAUAAGAUUCCCCGUAGUCGGUAUGGGAGUUUUAGUUUGGGUGGAGUGUGUUGUGACCGAACCUUCGUAUUUCAAACUCUGUACAGAACAUUGUCCUUUGCACCUGGCGCUAUUAGACGAGGUCGCGUCUUGUCAUCCACUGUUGCAUCACAGGCUCUUGAGAUUAUUAGUGAAACUCUUUGAAUCGCCACAAGACGAACUAGAGAUAUUAGUCCAGCUUGAAUUGAAAAAGAUGCUUUUGGAUCGAAUGGUGAAUUUAUUAAGUCGCGGUUGUGUUGUCCCCGUUCUUAGAUACAUUAAACAGUGCUGGCAGCGCGGAGAUACAGAUAUUUCGUUGAUUAGAUACUUCAUAACUGAGGUUUUGGACGCAAUAGCACCGCCGUACACGCCCGAGUUCGUACAACUUGUCCUACCCAUGGUAGAGAAUGAAGAAAUAACCGGAACGAUGAGAGCAGAAGGUGAAAACGAUCCAGUUUCUGAAUUUAUAGUUCAUUGCAAGGCACAUUUCGUCGUUGUUUGAAGAUAUAUAAAUAAAUAUAUAAUAAACUAAAUGUAACAAUAAUAAUAUGAUUCGUUUUAGUAAUAAUAAUAAAAUGAUUUAUUUUAUUAUCAA